AGCCCCCGUCUCCCUCCGCCCUAUAUAAGGCGCGGACGGCGGCAGGGCUCCCGACUCCGCAGUGUGUGAGGGGGCGAGGCUGGCUGGCGCUGCAGCUACCUGAGCGGCCUCUUCCCCCGCGUCUCGCCAGGGCCUACGCCGCAGAGCGGAGCCACCCGCCGCUUUCUCCUCAGCCCCUCGCCAGGCCGCGCGGCCGGCCCCGGCGGAGCCAUGAGCUCGGGCACCCCCUACAUCGGGAGCAAAAUCAGCCUCAUCUCCAAGGCGCAGAUCCGCUACGAGGGCAUCCUCUACACCAUCGACACCGAGAACUCCACCGUGGCGCUGGCCAAAGUGCGCUCAUUUGGUACUGAAGACCGUCCCACAGACAGACCUGCUCCUCCAAGAGAAGAGAUUUAUGAAUACAUAAUUUUCCGGGGAAGUGACAUCAAAGACAUUACUGUAUGUGAGCCUCCUAAAGCUCAGCAUACUCUGCCUCAGGAUCCUGCCAUUGUCCAAUCUUCACUGGGCUCUACCUCUACAUCAUCCUUCCAGCCACAUGCGCCUUAUAGUCCAUUUCGAGGCAUGCAACACUACAGCCAGCUUGCUGCCAGCUCUUUACUUAGCCAGCAAUACGCAGCUUCUUUAGGUUUAGAGAAACUGGUAAGCCCUCCAACAUCAGCAGCUGCUUCCAGCCCUAGCUCUUCUCCGUCUCCACAACCUGUUUCAGAGCCUGACAUGUCUUCCGAGCCACAUCAGCUCUCUCCCAAGGGUACUGGCUUCCCAUUGGUUCCCCCAGUUCGCAAAAGCCCCAUGGUGGAGCAGGCUGUUCAGACUGGUCCAGUUGAUAACAUGAAUCAAAAAAAGCCACCCCCAGCAAAAGUAGUUUCCGGGAUCCAGCGCAAUGGAAGGCAGAUUCCACAAAGUAGUAAGACAAAUGAUACAGUUCAGCCACCACCUGUGCAAACUCAAGGCCAGGUGAAUGAUGAAAACAGAAGACCUCAAAGGAGAAGAUCGGGAAACAGGAGAACCAGACCCCGUUCUAGAGGACAAAAUAGACCAGCCACUGUGAAGGAAAACACAAUAAAGUUUGAAGGUGACUUUGAUUUUGAAAGUGCAAAUGCACAGUUCAACCGAGAGGAACUUGAUAAAGAAUUCAAGAAGAAACUGAACUUUAAAGAUGACAAAGCUGAGGCAGGUGAAGAAAAGAGUGAUCCUGGAGUAGCGACUCAGAAUGAUGGCAAUGCAGAUGAAGACCUUCUUGGACCCAAUUGCUAUUAUGAUAAAUCAAAGUCUUUCUUUGACAACAUCUCUUCAGAACUAAAAUCCAGUUCCAGGCGUACAACAUGGGCUGAAGAAAGGAAGCUUAAUACAGAGACAUUUGGCGUGUCUGGCAGGUUUCUUCGUGGACGUAGCUUUCGUGGUGGAUUUCGAGGUGGAAGGGGUAGUGGAGCAGCACGGCGAAACCAAACAACUCACAGAGCUGGUACUGGAAGAGUGUAAUGGAGCUUCAUACUUCAGUUCCUUCAGUUUGGAUGGCUGCUUCUCUUGCUUCAGUGGGAAUGAAGAUUUCAGCACUUGUCUUCUCCUGGGAGAAACAAUUAGAAGCAGCAGCUGAACUCUUAUUUUCUGUACUGGAUCAAAUAUUACUGUUUCAACAUACAAAUCUAAGGUCUCUCCUUUGUGUUUUCCUGUGAGCUUAGCCUGAAGUGUUCAGCUAUCACAUUUAUUUAUCUUUAUGCAAAUAUCCUGGAGUGGGAACCUCAUGCCAGAUCAAAUUCCUUUGAUUAAAAAGGAAGGGGAAGUAGCUAAGCCUUGCUAUGAAGGUCCUGGACUGGCUUAUGCUAAACUUAUGUCUUAGCACUAAACACCAUUGGCUCAAAAGAGGGAAACUACAUGUCAGUCCUAUUCUAAUGUAAAUCUUUCACCUUGUGGUUGGACUAGUGUUAUCAUUUGACAUAUAACAUCUACUACUGUUGUGUAUUAUAGCACAUGGAUUAUUUUACUUACUAGCUCAUUGCACUCAUGUGCUUGUGCCCUAGAACAGGGUUUUGCUUAUCUAAAUACAUAACUUUUACAUGUCAGGCAGCUAGCCCUAGCUUCCUUGCAUUUUGUAUUAAAAGUGGGCUAGAUGACUUUACUAUUACGCCUCUAGAAUUAAAACCAUUUUUGAGGUGGGGGAGCCUGUACCUCUCUAAAAUUACUAAAUUCUACUAACUGCAGCUGUCUCACUUAAGAAUCUGAACAUACUCAUUAGAUUAGAUUUCAUUCAUAAGUGUCUACUCUUCUCCACUCAAGCUAGCUGUCACUAAGCAACACUAUGCUAAUAAUGCCAAUAGCUACUACUGUCCGUCAUAUUACUUAAAGCACAGUGCUAGUACCAGCUUCCCCAACCCCCACAGGCUGUCCUCUCUUCACAGCUAACAGCCAGAAGACUGUAUUUCAGGAGCAUUGCUUCACUAGCUAUCUUUAGCCCCUUCACUGGGAGUAGCUAAACUCAUAAUAGUCCCAAAGCGCAGUAUGUAUGUUAAAACCAAACUUUAAAAAGGAAAAGCUGAAGCAUGCUAGGAAUCCUUUGAGUUUCAGGAGGAUUAGAGACAGGUUCAAAGCAUGAACUAGCAGCUCUGCUCAGGAUUACCUAGACUAGCACCAUGUGCUAAGUAACUUUAGGUGCCUUAUGGUAUGUUCCCAUGACUGCUUGCUGGGCUAGUGCCGAAGCUGGAUGUGCUCACACAUGCAGUGCAUGUGAGAUCAUGCAGUGCAGAGGAUGCCACUUAGCUCUACACAGCAGCAUCCUCCAUUCUGUCGGGGGUCCUGGGAGGAAAUAACUCAUUAAAAGGGGGUUGUGCUGGCAAAAAGUUUGGGACCCCCAGGAUAGACUCAAGGAGCAUGAUCUAUUCAGCUAGCUUAAUAAAGGGAAGGUUAAGGAGUGACUUGAUUACAGUCUAAGUGCUUAUAUGGGGAGUAACUAUUUAAUAAUGGGCUCUUCAGUCUAGCAGAGAAAGGUCUAACUCAAUCCAAUGGCUGGAAGUUGAAGCUAGGCAUCAGCUAAUCAUCCAUCACCCUCUAAACUGAGGGAUUGAAGAGAGGUUAGCUGGAGCCUCUCACUGAUGAUUGUCUUUCAGCAACAGAGAGAGGUAUUUUUUUUUCAUAAAAUGGUUUGUAUUUAAGUAUGUAGCCCUUUCACUUGUGCAGGCACCAGCAAUCACAGGUGCCUUGCAAAGGAUUUUUCUUUUGAAGGAGUCGGGGGUGUGGGAAGUGGGCUAAGAACCAAACUUUUUUUGCUCAUGUUUCUACCUUAGACAGACUAAGAAUUUCAAGUUUGGUCUGUCCUGGUUUUCUGAACAUCCCCCAGGGAAGCCUUAAACCAUGGUGGUUGUGAGCUGUAAGGGGUAGUUUACGGACAAACUUGCAGACUUUAAACUCAGUCAGCUUCCUGAAACAGAUUUUGCUGUAAAUCCAGUUUUGGACCCUUCAGCAUUAAGGGGUUAGUCAAUUUAGCUAAGGUCAGUAACAAACCAGCCUUAGCUAACAUGAAUUUAAUCCCCCCUUUUACUCCAAGAUGAAUUUCACACACAGUCUUGCACACAAACAGUUUAAUGGGUUUCAAGUCACAUUAUUUUGGUGGAAGUUUGUAGACCAUCCCUAACACUAAUUGAAUCUUGAAUGCAAGUUUCCUUUAUCUGGUGUUAGUCAUGGGGGGUAGGAUUUUCAACCUGCUCCAUUGGCUUUGUGUUACUAGACUGCACAGGGAGUGGAGAUUGGCUCUGCAGCCCAUGGUGGGGAUUCCCCUAGCAAGCACAGAGAUGGUUGGUGACACCAAGAUAUGGUUGCAUUAUCUUGCACCAGGAAUUUCCAGCUGGUGCAUAACUUCUUGAAGGCUGACUUGAAAAUAAAAACAAAUGAAGAGAUUUUUUGUUUCUAAAAGUGCAUUUUAGGCCUUUGUGUCAAAGAAACAAGCCUCACUUCCCCCUCCCGUAGCAAAUAUUGCUGUUAAAGGUGUUCUGCAGAGAACUUAAGUUCUCAUUCUGUACUUCUACAAGUUGACUGCACAAUGGGUUGCAGGAUCAGGUAAUCAUUUUAAGAAGUUGCAUUUUAUGAUCAAUGUAAAAAGACAGUUCUCUGGUCCCUGCACCUCCAUUUUUGAGGCACUCACUUGUUUUCCUCUUUCUUCAUUUAAACUGCUACUCCCUAUUGCAUUGUGGAGGUAGUUGAGUUUUAUUUUCCAUUUACUGGGCAAACACUACAAAUGCUAUUGUUCCUAAUUCAGAACUCAUUUGUUCAUGCCAUUAAAACAACGAGAUUAGUUCUAUACCCAAUUGUGUAGUGCAUUGUUAUGAAAAAUGUAUGAAAACAUGCUCUAUUGAUACAGAACUGAAAGUAGCUUGAUGGAACAUCACACUGAAUAAGAUGAACUAUCUUCCUGUUCUUUCUAGAGGUGAUUUUUAUAAAUAGAAGUAUAUGAAUAGAGCUGUUCUCCUCUCUGAAAUAAAAUACCCUUUAUUAGUUAAGCAGA